AUGCAAAUACAUGAAUCCAGUGCAGGUCAGGAGUCAAAUAGUCCUGAUGCCGAUGGAAUUACUCUUCUCUUCCGAAAACCUGGCCUGCUCAGUGCGGCCAAUAGUAACCAUUCAUCCCCAGACUGGGAUGAUGACGAGACCGACGCAUACGACGUCCAGGAUCGUCGGCCUCAAAGUGUGUCGCUGUCAUCCCAGCUCUUAUGCCUCCGCGAGCUCGUCCAUCCACAGGCAAGGGAAGUGACAAGCCCUCCGUCCAGGCGAAACAGCCUCCAGGACCGGGUAUUCUCGGUGGAGCUUCCUCGACCUUCAAGGCUAGACUGGCUGUUGAAUGUCUACUUCCGUGAUUUAGAUUCGUUCUUUCCAUUCAUUGAGCGUUAUGGAACGCAGGCGAAGAUCCAGACGACACUGCACCGCCUGGGACACUCGGACAGCCAAAAUAUCAUUGAUGUCAAAUUUGAAGACUGCUUUAUUAUUGCCCUUCUUUGUAACAUGCUUGCUGUUGCCGAAUGCUUCUGUGUAUCUGGGAGCCUCUCGCAUGAAAUCCGCCGUGGGUGGUCCUUGUUCCUUCGGGGGCGCAAGCUGAUGCAACAAUGCUCGUCGCUCAAGCACAUCGACGUCCACCUCAUUCAGUAUCACGCCCUAAGCUCGGAGUACCUGAUGCAGUCUGAGCUACUCCAUGACGCAUCACAGGCUAUCUCUACCGCAGCACAGCUUGCCAUGCGGGCGCGGCUUAAUGAGGAGCGGGUUUGGGAUAUUUUGCCCGAGCCAGAGAUUUGCAAUCGCAAGAGGCUGUGGUGGACGAUAUAUUUCCUCGAUCGGAAGAUCUCUCAACGGACAGGGAGCCCGUAUCUGAUUCGUGAUAUUGAAGUCGCAGUCUCGGACUUUUCGCAGUCCUCGAGUACCGCAACUGAUCGCUACAUGCAGGUGUUGGUAGACCUGGGCAAACUAUGGUCCCUGAUUUGGGAUACAUUCUUUGCUGCUACCGCUCCAAAGCCGAUAGACUGGAAGGAAGUUGAGGUCAUGGACACGCGCAUCCUGGUCGUCCAACGAGAUCUGCCAGACGAGCUGGCAUGGGAAACAGAGCUCCUCGACCGAGUGUACUUGGCUGAGCGAGAGCCAGAGCCUCUUAUCCGUCGCCGGUUUGCGAUCUACAUAAGACUGAACCUUCUACGCCUGACCAUUCGACAGAAUCCAAUCCAGAAGCGAAAGGACACCAGAUGCAGCAGACUUUGUAUCUCCCUUGCCGCUGAGACUGUGGAUGCCAUUGCAGCAUUCACAGAUUCAUGUCCCAGCAUCAUCCCCUGUGGCUUUUUCUUCAGCACGGCGUUGCUGGAAUGUAUCUACCACCUCAUCCUUGCGAUGCGGGCGACGCCUACACACGAACAACGUGAAGUCAGCAUCAAGUCUUUCCAACUCGCGUAUCAGUUGCUCGAACAAUUCUCUAAAUGUCUCGACACAGCGAAGCGAGCACUUAGAGCCCUUAACUCCGUAGUUUCCUUUGCUUCGGUGUCACAUUCUCCUACUAUUGACGGCCCAAAUCCAGACCCCGAACCAGAACAGAACCGUCCGAUGGACUUGGCAUUCCAGACCACGCCGGCAAUAGACUUUUUUGAUCCCAUGUCCUGGCAUAUUGAUGAUAUUCCUUUGGAUGUAGUGGCAUUGGUAUCUUCAAUGGGGAAUCAGGGGCCAGAUGGCGCUGAAGAUAUGGACGCUGAAUCCUUUAUCUGGAAUACGGACUAUGGUAUGGAUCCUGGGACCAUUCAUCCAUAG